GUCUUGAUAGAGCCCGAACGCUAGUGACUGCCUUCCGCGUAUGCCAUGGCACUUGCGAAUUCCUUUCCCCACGAACUUUUAUCGCUGAUUUGAAUGUUUCGCGGAAAACCUAAAUAACACAACCGCCGUUGAUGUGAGGGUCUGAAUAAUACCGCAUCGUGUUUUGUGGUGAAAAUUUUAAAAUGUUAAGAAUAGAAACUACGGAAGGAAACUUUGCUUUGUAAUAUUCAUAAUAAUUGAUGUCGUUCAUGAAGCAAACGAGCUGUCAGCAUGUGCACUGACCCGUGGUUACUGGUAUAUGCUUCUUUUUUUGUGAUUUAACUGACCAGAAUCUAGAACUUGCCAUGCGGAAGGAAACUUUUUAAACAUAAAAUAAGAUCGAGACGAAGGACGCUUUUAGGAGCUGAGAGAGAGAGAGAGAGAGAUAACGAGAGAGAGAGAGGGCGCCCCAGGAUAAACAGUCAUCUACCAUAGGGCUCAGAGGAGCGACGACAACAUGAUAAGCUCUAGGAUCCUCCAAGCCGUUUUCCUGCUCCUCAUUACUGCUCUGAUGGUCGUCGACGCCAAGGUGGGCGGGAAACCGACCCAAAACAAAGUUGGUUCCGCGGAUGCCGGGGAGAUCUGGGAAGAGGAGGACGACGCCGCCUCUCCUCCGAAGGGACCACAUUUCGCCAAGGACACGCCCAAAUCGGUCUUGGCGGCCGUGGGGACCCCUGCCCACAUCCCCUGCAAAGCCAGGAACCUCGGGGCCAAGUCUGUAUCCUGGAUCCGCCACAAGGACCUCCACGUCCUCACCGUCGGUUCCUUCACGUUCACGAACGACGAGAGGUUCUCCGCACACCGGGACCCUUCGUCGGGGGACUGGGUACUCGUCCUGCGGCACCCCCAGCCCUCCGAUUCCGGGUACUACGAGUGUUCCAUCUCGACGAAGCCCGUGACCGCCAUCACGGUCAAGCUGGAAUUUGUCACGCCAACGGCAGAACUCCUGGGGGAUGGCAGUGUCUACCUGGACAAGGGCAGCACUCUCAACCUCACCUGCGUGGUCCACUUCAGCCCCACACCGCCCGAGUUCAUCUUGUGGUAUCACAGGGAGAAGCUUGUGAACUACGGCCGGAGGGGAGGGCGCGAGAUCCAGGUGGAGACAGAGCACAGGGGCGAGAUGACCAGGUCUUCUCUCUUGGUCCACAACGCCACUCUGCUGGAUUCGGGGAAAUAUUCCUGUAAACCAGCCAGUGCCAAAAAAGUCUCGGUUGUAGUGCAUGUCCUGGAAAGCGAGACUCCAGAGGCCAUGAAAACCACCACCAACGGAGCUCCAACUGUUGCAGCCCACAACAAAUUAAUCUUCAGUUUCAUGACUGCUGCUGCUGCUGCCGCCUUUUGCCUUCUGACCAAAUCGGAGGACGAUUUGAGCUCCCAAGUCGUCCAGUUGUGCCUCCUUUUUCCGUUGCUCUCUCCCCUCACUUCCAGAUAAAAAAAAAACUACGGCCUUGUGUAUUAAUUUUUUUAUGAGCCAGAGUGUUUCACUCCCUUUCCACUUCCAUCAUCAGGUAGCAUUACGAGUCGGCAGAGAAUGUUACCGCGUCUGAUACGGACGACAGACGUGAGGCUGGAAGCGUAGUACAGAACCCAUUUAGUAGAUCCCAUCGGGUGGAGAAUUUGGAAUCGUUUGAGUGUUUGUACGAGAUUAACUUUUCUACGUAAGAAAUUUUAGGACCACAGUGAUUUAUGGUAUUCUGAUUAGAUGUAAUGAACAGCAUAGACGGCAAUAUAGUCGGAAUCUUCCCUUUUUAACUGCCUUC